GUCAAAUCCAACAAAGGAGUGGAAGUCCAGGAAGUAGAUGAGUCAGGUUUGUUGAACCACUCAAAUCAUCAUGGAGUUUGCAGAGCUGAUCAAAACUCCUCGUGUGGAUGGGGUGAUCCUCCACCGACCCUUCAUGCCCACUGUGGAGGGCACCCUGUGUCUGACAGGACAUCACAUCAUCCUGUCCUCCCGCCAGGACAACACUGAGGAGCUCUGGCUGCUUCAUGCCAACAUCGACUCUAUUGAGAAAAGGUUUGUCGGGUCUCUUGGAACGAUUAUUGUCAAAUGUAAAGACCUGCGGGUGAUUCAGCUGGACAUACCAGGCAUGGAGGAGUGUCUUAAUAUUGCCAGCUCAAUUGAGGCUCUCUCCACGCUGGACUCUGUGUCUCUGAUGUACCCGUUCUUCUACCGUCCGCUGUUUGAGGUCAUUGAGGACGGAUGGAAGUUGUUCGUACCAGAGGAGGCUUUCAAAGACCUGGAGUCAAUGACAGAUGAAUGGAGACUGAGCGAGGUAAAUAAAGACUUCAGCGUGUGCCCGUCGUACCCGUCUCUGCUGACUGUGCCCAAAGACAUCGAUGAUGAAAGCCUCGUCAAAGCUGCUUCUUUCCGUUACGGUGGCCGUUUCCCUGUGCUUAGCUACUACCAUAAGAAGAAUGGCAUGGUGAUGAUGCGUGCAGCACAGCCACUGACAGGAACCAAUGGACGACGCUGCAAAGAGGACGAGAAGUUGAUCAACGCCACGCUCUGUGCAGGGAAACGGGGCUACAUCAUCGACACACGCACUAUAGCUGUCGCACAGCAGGCUAAAGCUCGCGGAGGAGGAUUUGAACAAGAAGCAAACUACCCACAGUGGAGGAGGAUCCAUAAAGCCAUCGAGAGAUCUAACAUCCUGCAGGAGAGCCUGAUAAAGCUGGUUGAGGCCUGCAAUGAUCAGUCUCACAACAUGGACCGCUGGCUCAGUAAACUCGAGGCCUCCAACUGGCAGAGUCACGUUAAAGAAAUCCUGACCACCGCCUGCCUGGCUGCACAGUGCAUCGACAGGGAAGGGGCAUCAGUGCUGGUUCAUGGCACAGAGGGCACGGAUUCAACACUUCAGGUGACGUCUCUUGCCCAGAUCAUCCUCGAUCCCGCAUGCAGAACCGUCCGAGGAUUUGAGGCGCUGAUUGAGCGAGAGUGGUUACAGGCUGGUCACCCAUUCCAGCAGCGCUGUGCUCAGUCUGCACACUCCAAUGGGAAGCCCCGCAGUGAAGCACCAGUGUUCCUGCUUUUCCUGGACUGUGUGUGGCAGAUCCUGCGUCAGUUUCCCUGCUCAUUUCAGUUCAGCGAGAGCUUCCUCAUCAUGCUCUUCGAGCACACCUACGCCUCACAGUUUGGCACUUUCCUCGGCAACAGUGUGGCUGAGAGAGCGAAGCUGCAGCUGUCUCAGAAAACUGUGUCUCUAUGGUCGUGGGUGAACAGACCUCAGGAGCUGGAGCGAUAUCUCAACCCUCUGUAUGAGGCCAAUAACCUGGUGAUCUGGCCGUCCGUUGCUCCUCAGAGCCUGCUGCUGUGGGAGGGGGUCUUCCUCCGCUGGAAUCGCUCCACAAAGUGUCUGGACGAGGCCUAUCAGGAGAUGGUCCAUAUUAUAGAGUACAAUAAGGAGCUGCAGAACAAAGUGAACAGCCUGCGCAGACAGCUGGCUCAACUCGAGACGGAGGACAGUCCACUGCAGACACCGUAGACAUCGUCACAAUGGUACACUUCUUAUUUACUGAAACACGUCUCGCACACAUGCAUCUGCACUUCUCUUCUGAUUGUGCUCUUACUUUCUGACUUUACUCAUAUUAUUAUACAUGGAUUCUAAUCUACGGCCAAUAGAUCCGCUGCUCUAUUCGUAUAUCAUUGUGGUUUACUUCCUCAAACACUAUACCACACUUGUAUUACUUAUUCCAAGUACGGCAAGCUGGUUUAACAAUGAAUCUUUAUAACAUACUAGCAUCUGUUUUCAUGCUACUAGCACUGUUUCUAGAUACUAGCAUCUUGCAGUUAGUCAUUACCUACUGUACUAGUGCUUAUUCUUUCGGUACAGGUAACUUUUUAAAAGAUACUAGUUCUUAUUCAUUAGAUAAAAGUUCUUAUUUAUUAGCUAAUGCUAUAAAAUUAUUAGAUACUAGUGCUGAUUCAUUAGAAGCGAGUACUUGUAGUUGUAGAUACUACUAAUCAUUCACUAGAUACUGAUACUAAUAAUUAGAUACUAGUACGUAUUUGUUUGAUAUUAGUUCUUAUUUAUUAGAUACCAAUACUUGUUUGUUACU